GGGUCAUUGUAUUUGCUUGAGAAAAGGCUUAAGGAGCUGUCAAAGGGAGGGAGGGAAGGCCCAUUUCAAAGCCAUCAAUGGCUGACUGCAAGUGUACUGAAUGGAGGCCUGCGUUUGCAAUGGUAGCCGUUCAAGUGGCCUUCGCUAUUGUGAAUAUACUUCUCAAGAAAGUCCUUGAUCAGGGCCUCAACCAUCUAGUUCUGGUCACCUACCGCCAGACAGUUGCGACUGUUUUCAUAGCUCCCAUUGCCUUGUUUAAGGAAAGGAAGACUCGACCCAAGUUGACAACUCGCAUUUUCAGCCUUCUUUUCGUCAGUUCUAUGCUCGGGGCCACACUCACACAGUAUUUCUUCCUCAUCGGAAUGGAUUACACGUCCGCAACAUUUGCAUGUGCCUUCAUCAACUUGGUGCCGGUGGUUACAUUUAUAAUGGCUCUGCCGUUCGGCUUAGAGACCGCAAAUGUGAAGAACAAAGCAGGUAGAGCCAAGGUGUUCGGUGCAGUGGUGUGUGUUGGCAGUGCCAUGUUGUUAACCUUCUACAAAGGAGUGGCGCUGACUAACACAUCGCACUCUCCAGCUAUAUCCAACGUAAGCCAACACAAUCGGGUCACUCAUGAGAAAAAGGAGGAGAAAUGGACAAUCGGAUCAAUGGCUCUGAUCGGAGGCUGCCUCUGCUGGUCGACAUGGUUCCUCCUUCAAGCAAAGAUCAGCAACAUUUACCCAUCGCCUUAUUCAAGCACCACCAUCAUCUCAUCAUUGAGUGCUCUUCAAUCCGUGAUCCUGGGCUUGGCCAUACAUAGAGACAUCUCCUUGUGGACCUUGAAUGGGACAUUGAUGAUCUUAACCGUUGUAUAUGCUGGAAUUGUGGGCUCGGGCUUGUGCUAUGUUGUAAUGUCAUGGUGUGUCGAAAAAAGAGGUCCCGUCUUCACUGCUGCGUUCGGCCCCCUCGUCCAGAUAAUCGUGGCUAUCAUUGAUUUCUCUGUGCUACAUGAACAGCUACACCUGGGAAGUGUUUUGGGAUCUCUCCUUGUAAUCAUCGGGCUUUACAUUCUCCUGUGGGGUAAGAGCAUGGAGGGAAAAAAUUAUGUGGCCAAACAGGUCGAAAUGAUCAACUAUGGUGGAGGCGAGUCGGCAGCGUGAUAGAGCCGCAUCUUUUCUUCAAAGGAUUCAAGCGUUUGUUGUAACUGAAUUUUCUCGAUUUUUCGCUUCCCAAAGAUUUUUCAGCUUUUGCUAUAAUCUCAAAGCGAGUAAAGAUAUUACGACAGUAUUUGUUUGGAAGGAAAAGAGAAAAGAUUAAACAA